UACAAAAAUAAAACAUUUUGAAUAACUCUUCAGAUGCAAAUGGAAAUAACUAUUUUCAUAGUCAAUUCGUAGGAACAUCGCGUUAUGGUACUUAACUCUCGUUAUGACAACUGUCGUGUGUAUGAUUUUUACAUCCGUUUUCGUGAAUUUCAUGAGGGGAAACCUCACUUAUCCAGCAUGGUUUCCGUUCAAUUAUACGGCACCUAUUAUAUUUCCCCUUGUGUUCUUUCACCAAACAACAGCUAUAACAAUUGGCGCAACAGUGAACGUCACCUGCGACAGCCUAAUAUGUGGACUUUUAUUGCAUGUAUGCUGUCAGCUUGAGAUUCUAGGAUACAGAUUAAUGCAAAUUCCACAAAAACGACAUAUCCUAUCUGACUGUAUACUUCAUCACGACCGUAUAUUUGAAUACGCGUGCAUGGUGAACGACCAAUUCAUGAAGAUAAUUGCUCUUCAGUUCGGAGUAAGCACGUUGGUAAUGUGUUCCAAUUUAUUCCAAUUGGCUAUAGCAACAAUUGACGCGAAUAUUGUGCCAUUGAUACUUUAUACGGCCUGCACUUUAUCACAGAUUUUUAUCUACUGUUGGUUUGGAAAUGAAAUUAAAAUUAAAACCUUUUUUCAUGGACCUGAUAUUCCUAUUCCUUCUCCACCAACGAACCCUUCUUUACCAUCUUUAGACAACGACAUUCCUGUUGAGAACAAUGUAGAUUUUAAAACUUAUGAAAUCGAUCCGGUUGAUGACAAUAGUCCAAAGCCUUUCAAUCAGUCUGCUUUAAAUGAUCUUGUAAGAGAUAUAGGUCUAUCUAAAGAAAGUACAGAGUUACCGGGAUCCAGAUUGAAAGAAAGGCAUUUGUUAGAAUCAUAA